CUCAAAAUAAAUCACCAUAACCCGAUAACAUUGGUCUAUCUUUUUGUUCAUCAGCUAUAAAUUUGUUAUAUAUAACAUAAGAUACAGUACUCAUCAUUUAUUGCAUAAUAUAAAUGGCUUUCCAUAAGUAUUUCUCUUUUGUCCUCUAUGUCUUUGUGUUUGCAGCUUUUCCAACAACAGCAUUUUCAAAAUUGUCACAUGAUUACUAUGACUACACGUGCCCUAACGCUUUAAGCACCAUUAGAAGCGUUGUGGAGGCUGCGGUGCAAAAAGAGCGCCGUAUGGGCGCAUCCUUGCUACGCUUGCACUUCCAUGAUUGUUUUGUUAAUGGUUGUGAUGGUUCAAUUCUACUAGACCCUUCAUCCACCAUUGACAGUGAAAAGAAUGCACUCCCUAAUUUUCAAUCUGCUAGAGGAUUUGAAGUGGUGGAUGAGAUCAAGGAGGCUGUGGACGAAGCAUGUGGAAAACCAGUUGUUUCUUGCGCUGACAUAUUGGCUGUUGCCGCUCGUGACUCUGUCGUUGCGUUAGGAGGGCCAUCAUGGAAGGUGAGACUUGGUAGAAGAGACUCCACCACAGCAAGCCGUGAAGCAGCAAAUGCAAACAUUCCAGCACCAUUUUUCAGCCUUUCGGAACUGAUCAACAACUUCAAGAGCCACGGCCUAAACGAGAGGGACCUUGUUGCUCUUUCAGGAGGCCACACAAUUGGAAAUGCACGUUGUGCUACCUUUAGAGACCAUAUCUACAAUGACUCCAACAUCAACCCCCAUUUUGCAAAAGAGCUUAAACACAUUUGCCCUAGAGAAGGAGGUGACUCCAACCUUGCUCCUUUGGACCGCUCAGCAGCGCGAUUUGAUUCGGCCUACUUCUCUGAUUUGGUUCACAAGAAAGGGCUUCUUCACUCCGAUCAGGAACUGUUCAAUGGUGGUUCUACUGAUGCAUUGGUUAAAAUAUAUAGCCACAAUACCAAGGGUUUCCACAAGGACUUCGCAAAAUCUAUGAUUAAGAUGGGAAACAUAAAGCCUCUUACCGGGAAUCGAGGUGAAAUUCGUUUGAAUUGCAGGAGAGUGAACUAAUUCAUAUGAAAGUGAAGCAUUAGGUGUUUGUUAUUGGUCCAUAUGUAGGCAAUUAGCGAGUAUGGAAAAUUGUUUUGCACGAGUUUGAAUUUGUUAUAUUGUAAUGUAUUGUCUAUACAUGUAUCCUUCAUGAUACAAGAUUUGUUUGUUUGUUUUAAUUAUAUUCAGAAUCAUGUAUUCUUUUUGAAAAACAUUUUAUUUAAAUCACUUUUUUCA